CACUAGGUACAAAUUUGCGACGUCAGUACAGUACGAAUGACAUUGCAAUUUUAUUUUAACCUAGGUACCUGCCAUUCAUUAACCACUUAUGUGAAAAAUUUUGUCGAUUCAAUUCAGUCGUACGAAGAUAGAGUCUCAUUACUAUCGUACAAAUUGAUUAAACGCAACUCAAAUUCUCCAAUUAAGAAAUAGGUACCUAAACCUACACAAGAAGUCAGACUGUUUUCCUACGUGAUGAACCUCCUGUUGUACUGCAUUUUGAACCUGUUUUCAAUAUUCUACGAUACUCAUCAAGCAGAAACCGACGCAGCGAUAAAAGUUGACUACAAAUGGACUUUUGUGCAGUUUCAAUAUCCCGAUGCGAAAGCUCGAGAAGAAGCGGAGAAAAAACAUCUCUACAUAAAGGAGAAUGUGGCCAUUAUAGAUUCCGAUUAUUAUACUCAAGAUGAAAAAUCUCCAAAAAGGGUCUUCGUCACAACACCUCAACUCAAAGAUGGAACACCAUUCACAAUUUCGGAAGUUGUAACGGAACUCGAUUAUAAAGGGGAACCUUAUUUGAAACCGUUUCCAGCCUUUGAUAAAACCGCCGGAGGCGCUAGCGAUGAUCCUAAGACUUGCGAAUUCGCAAAAUCUGUUUUUCGAGUACAUGUGGACAAAUGUGGCUUACUAUGGGUGCUGGACUCAGGACGAGUGAAUGUAUUUGUUAAUACCACAAGGGUUUGUCGACCAAAAUUACUGAUAUACGAUUUGAAAAAUCACGAUAAUUUAUUACUAAGACACGAAUUUCCCGACGGUGUCAUAAUCGAAGGCAGCCUUCCAAUCACUUUAGUGACCGAAUCGUACAAAGAAGAUUGCUCGGAUAGUAUCGCGUAUAUCGCAGAUGUAGCUGCUUUCGGACUUAUUGUAUUUGAUUUGCAAAAGAAAACCAGUUGGAGAGUAAACCACAAUUACUUUUAUCCAACUCAAACCGCCGGUACUGCGACCGUCGCUGGAACCACAUUUGAUCUUAUGGACGGAGUAUUCGGUCUAGCUUUGGGACCUGGAGACGCCAACACACGAAAAUUAUACUUCCACAGUUACGCGAGUUUUCGAGAAUCCUGGGCUCUGGUCAGCGUUCUAAAAGAUACCGCUGUUACCCAAAAACCGGAUGAAAUCAGAAAGAAAAUCGAAAUAAGCGAUGAAGCUCGAACUGGGCAAUCCACUGUCGAAGUGAUGACCAGCGAUGGGAUACUUUUGUUCGCCGAUAUACCAGGAUUAUCGGUCAAGUGUUGGAAUUCGAAUACUCCAUUUGUAAAAGAAAAUUUACACGAUAUUUAUAAAAACGAAGAAAAUUUACAAUUUAUCAGCGGGAUGAAACUAAAGAAUGAUAAAGAAUUAAUAAUCACCACUUCUAGAUUGCAGAAUUAUGCGGUAGGUCGUUCGAACGGUCCUGAUGUCAAGUAUCGUAUAAUUACCAUCGACGAUGUGCACAAAUUACUCAAAGGAUCACCGUGCCUGAAUCCUAAGUGAUCGUGAAAAUUCAAAGACAAGUUUACCAUUCUGAAGUUCUCAAGUACCCAUUCAAGAGUAAAAGGCAUCACCAUUCAUCGUCAUACUUUGCGUUUUUAAUUGUAAAUCAUUUGUUGCAUAAUUUUUUAAUUUUGUUUUGUUUUUUAUGAGUAAAUUUGCGUGAUUUAUG